AUGGACGACGAGAUAGAUUAUGACGAAGAGGCUGCAGAAUUGUUCAUGUUAGCUAUGUUCUUUGAUGACGACGAUCGGUUUCAAUUUAAUGAGCGAUCGAGAAUCUGGGUUGAUAUUGAAAGCUGGAGGCGACUGGGUGAUCCCCAAUUUGAGAAGCACUUCCGAAUGGAUACAUCAUUAUUUGAGGUAUUGCUGGUAGCAAUUGGCCACCAUCUGGAAAUUAAUGAUAGAUGGCAACGAAGCAGUCAGAAAGGCCUUGACAUAGCGCUUCUUAUGGUGUUGUGGAUUUUAGCCACACCUGAUUCAUUCCGUGCAGUUGGAGUGAUAUUUGAGGUGGCUGAAGGAACAGUGCAUUUUCAUUUCAAAUACAUAAUUGAGGCAUUAAGAGAAAUGGCUGUGUAUUACAUUCAGUGGCCAGGGGAACUUGAACAAGAAUCUAUUGCAGCAGCAUUUGAAGAAAUGUAUGGGUAUCCAGGAGUGGUCGGUUGCAUAGAUGGCUGCCACAUAAAUGUUACAGCUCCACUAGAGCAGAAACAACGCUACUUUGAUAGGAAGCACAAUUACUCUAUACUACUGCAGGGUGUUUGUGACCACCGUCUUGUCUUCCGAGACGUGUCCGUUGGCCAACCAGGAAGUGUUGGAGACAAACAAACCUUCUCACGAAGCCCUCUGGGCCAAAAUAUCUUUAGAGAUCCAACUAUUGUGUUUGACAACCAUCUUUUGGGUGAUGGAGGUUAUACAUUAACUGAUAAGGUGCUAAUACCGUACAGGGAUAAUGGCAAUCUUACCAGAUGCCAGAAAGUCCAUAAUUAUUACCUUUCAAGAAGUCGGUCGUGUGUGGAGAGGGCUUUUGGCUUGCUAAAAGGAAAGUGGAGGUGGCUUAAGUAUUUCCACAACUACUGCAUCGAUUACUUGGUUGACAGUAUCAUGGCUUGCACUGUACUUCACAAUUUUAUCAUCUUGGAAGGAGAUAUUGUUGAGGAAGUUAACCAUGAAGACGCUGGAAAUGAGGUUGAGUUGCGACAGCUCAUCAAUGAGGCAAAAGCAAAUGGCAUUUUAAAGAGAGAUUACAUCGCACAAUAUUUGUUUGCGUAG